GAUGCAGAGUCAGGGCGGGCGCCGGUGGCGACCAAACGCGCCCCUCGCGAUACGACGCAGGCGCGCGCCGCUAACCGACGCUCAGUUAGUUGGAUCGAUAAGAUAAACGCGCAACCCCGGUCUACGAGUUAAAUCAAUAUAAUUUCUAUCGAUUUUUGCAGCCGCAGCCGCCGCACACCAGAGUCGAGGGUCGCAAGCGGUGGGUGCGCGCAUUGUGUUGUUUGAGAGUACAGAGAUUAUUUUUAAAUUCUGUGAUAAUGUUUGUGAAUAUUCUGUAAUGUGUGUGAACUAGUUUAAAAUUAUUGUCGAUUGUUGUUUGUUUACGGUGGUGUGAAAUGUAGAUAAACGAAACAAAAAUGACGUCCACGGACACAUACCAGUUGAAAUGGCAUUCGCACAGUUCACAUCUGAACGGCUCCGUAGCGGCUUUGCUUCGCUCGGAGCGGUUCACGGAUGUGGUGCUGUGUACCCUGGACGGGUCGCAGAUACCGGCUCACAAGUUCAUCCUGAGCUCGUGUAGCGUGUACCUGAGCAACUUGUUCGAAGGCCAGCGGUCGGUGACGCGCAUGGGCGGGAUGCUCUACGUCGUCUUACCUUCGGAGAUAUCCACAAAAGCUCUGAAGAUCCUCGUGGAGUACAUGUACAAAGGUGAAACAACAGUGUCAAACGAAGUUUUAGACACUGUGUUAAAAGCAGGAGAAGUACUAAAGAUCAGAGGGCUUUGGAGACAGACUGAUGAUGGCAGUUCUGAAACUCCUGAGAAGGCAACUACUCAGACUAUCACUGCCACUAGUCUUGCCAAACCUGCUUUGGCAAAGAAACCUGAUGAGAUACCGAUACAACCUAAGAUAGCUGUUAAGAAAGAUGAUAAGUUACUAAAAGCCUUCAACCCUGGACAACCUGGUGCUAGACCAAUGUUCAUUGGGCCUCCAAAGCUAGUAUUUAUAAAGACAAGUGAAGGUGGUGCGCAAGCAGCAAUUAGGCCGGGAGCUCCUAAGGGGCAAACGAUCUUAGUUGCUCCAGCGCCCACCGCGGACGCAGUCGCAGUCGCAACCGCCACAACUACUGCAACUCCGGCCACAACCACCGUCACAGUAGCCACCACGACUGCCAGUGAGGAAUCGUCUGACGAACCAUUGACGCCUAGAAUCUUGAGAAGACAUACGGAGAGAAAAUACGGAAAGAGGCAAAAGACUGAAGUUAAAUCUGAUGAUGACGUGAAAGAUGGAGAGGAAACACAGGAUUCUGAAUCAUCAAAAAAGUCAGGUCAAAACUUGGAAAGCGAAGUACAAAUAAAAGAUGAGCCGGAAUGGGACGCCAGCAGUAUUGAAGAGGAGGAGAGGUCUAUCGCUGAAAUGUUCCAAGCUGAAAUGAGUGUAAAGAGCGAGCCUACUGAUGAAGUCGACAUUGAAGAGGAAAGCUUGAUGUACUCCCCGCUGGCGUGCGAGCUGUGCGCGGAGGUGUUCACGGUGCCGGCCGCCUGGGUGCGCCACGUGCAGGCGCACGCGCGCUCCGACACCACGCACGCGCGCAAGCGCAAGCUGCGCUCCGCGAGUGACGACACGGAAGAAACAAUGGCCCUCCUUCGCUGCGACCUCUGUCAGAAACAUUUCCCGAACCCUGCAGAGUGGGUGCGACACAUACAAAGCACACACACUGAAUCAGAAUUGGCCAUAUCAAACAACAGUGCCCCACCAAAACGUCACAAUCGUUUCACAGAGGGCGCGCAAAACAAGAGUUGCACGCAAUGCAAGAAAACAUUCCCGUCGCACGCAUCGAUGCUCAUACAUAUGCGAACGCACACAGGUGAACGUCCAUUUGUGUGUGGACUCUGCAACAAAGGUUUCAACGUGAAGUCCAACUUGUUACGACACUUGCGCACAUUACACGACCAGCUGAUCAGUCCGAGCGGCGUGGAAGAUGCUGAGGAGGAGGAAGUAACACCGGGCCCUUCCGAGGUCAAGCGCGAGUCCUGAGGACGUGGAGGGGGGGCAGGUAGAGGGCGCGGGCGUCGUGCUUAUGGAGCAACGAGCGACGCGAACCGCCGCGCUGCUGCUGAAAAGAAAAGGCAGACAGACAACGCAUCACCGUCUAAUGUACCGCGCAAGCAGAGCUACUCGCUCUUCUUGAAACAACGAGCGGUACUAUUCUCUGCCAAAAAGUGGAAACAGUGAAACUUGGCAUGGCGACUUGCUACACUUUCAUUCAUUAUAUUGUCAUGUUUCUUUAAACUCAUUUUGAGUUUCAAGUUACAAGUAGCAACGUCGCCAGCCAUUUGUUCAUUCACUUUUACACCUGCCCACCCUCCUCCAAAAUUACGGUUAAUUUAUAUUUAAGUAUUUAAUAUUGAGUGAUUUAUUUUUUGUAAUCCCCUAGUUCAUUAUCUUUUAAGUACCUCGACGUCUAGUCACAUGAUAUAUUAUAAGACUUAAAUAUUGGCUAGCAGUAAGUGAUCACCAAAUAAUAUAAUACGCCAGAGAUGUCAAGUGUAAGUUGAGUCAAGCAAGUUUUAAGUUUGAAGUGUAUUACUAAAUUAACAGUGGGCAUUUUUGUUUUACUGAUACACCUUGUAAAAUAAUAUAAUGUGUCUAAAUGUUAAUAGGUAAUAGCAUUACUACUGAAUAACUGAUCUUUUAGUUUGUAUUGGACAUGGUUUAGCAUGCACCAAAACGUUUUUGAUAAACCAUCUUAUUUGAUCUUAUACUGAAACAUAAAGACAGCAAUCAUUUUGUAAUUGUAUAGUAACCCUAGUCAUUAGGUAAAGCUGAGUGAAUAAAAUACUUUUAAUAAAAAAACAUCACUCAUCUAAGUGUUUCAGUGGUGCAUGCUAACUCCAUAAGUCUGUUAGUUUAAAAUGCAUGUAACCAUUCCAGUAUCUUGCCAUUUUAUAUGUGUAACACUAGUGGGAAUAAUAUUAUUUGUUUAGAUGUAAGAAUAUUUUUAAUAUAUAUAUAAUAUUUGAGUAUUUAAAAACUGCGAAGCUUUAAGUUCAGCAUUCCAUUGUGUUAGAAGUGAUUUAUUUAUUUUGGACGUGUAUCCAUAGACUAAUAGUGUUUUACUUUUAUUUCACGGUAAUAGAAUACUCAUGUGCAACAUGAUGCUUUUUUUGUAAUUUGAUAAUGUGGAAAAUAAAGUGAUUUAUGUCAA